UAAAACACAACAUAGACAUAUAAACUCUAUCAUCCAUAGUUUUUAUUUUUAGAGAAACUACAUAAAUAGAUACUCUAUUCUGUACACUACCUGUUCUUAUUGGGGUCACAGCGAGUGCUGGAGCUCCCAUGAGCUGAAGUAGGGAAAAACCCUUAAAGUUGACAGUGCUGUCUGCUGUAUCUUUUCUCACGAUUUAAAAUUCUGUCCGGGCACAAAACCACAAAUUGUGAAAAAUUUCAUAUGUUUUUGUUUAACUUUGUAACACCAACAAAUCAGUCAUCGAUUGCUUUAUUAUUUGAAAGCUGUUUUCUGUAUAAGUUGGGUGGGAGUAGAUUAGAUCUGUGUCACAUGAAAACAAAAAUGAUGUGCCAAAAAUAUAUGAUUAAUUUCACAGUUUCAUCACACAAACACUCUUACAAAAUAGUGGCUGUUUGAGUUGCCUAAAUAAGGAACUGUAGAUGAAAUGGGCAAAUAUUUCUCACGCAUUUCUAACAAGCAUCUUCACAAUGACACAGCGAUGGAUCUGCUUAGCCAUCUACAUGUAUUCAUCCUCUUGUUGAUAAAACUCUCAGGUACUCAAGAUGUCACCACAGUCAACAAAAUAUCUGUUCAGAAGGGACAGUCUAUCUUAAUUCCUUUCUUAUAUAAACAAAAUGAUGCAUUUCUCAACAAUUUCUUGAGCGCUGAAUGCCAUCGUUUUGAAAAUGGCUAUCCAAAGCUCUCAGCCCAGCAAUAUAAUCCCAAAACAGUAUUUUUGUCUAAUGACCAAACGCAGCAAAUCUUCACUGUACGCAUGGACAACGUUCAGGUGUCUGGAGAAUAUAUGUGCGCCGUUCGUGCACCUUCUGGUUUUGAAAAACGAGUGAGAUUUGUCUUGGAAGUCACAACGGGCCCUUCAAGGCUUCAUGUGAGCAACCAAAAUCUGAUAGGAUCUGAAAACAAUAACAUUAAUGUUACAUGUUAUCAUCAUGGCCAAGCUUAUGUAAAAUGGUGCAAGUUUGGGGGCCAAUGUUUGGCGACACCUGGAACCUUAGAUGGAGCCUAUGUCGAGAUCAGAUAUUAUCAGACAUACAUGACUGUGACCAUGAACAAACUGAAGCUGGAGAACACAGGAUGGUACUGGUGCUCAUCAGGAGACCUACAGAUGCCUGUCCAUAUUACUGUGAAACAGAAGACUCAGACCAGUCGGAAGAGGACUGCUAUUCUGUUUCUGUUGCCUGUCAUUUUUGAAAUACUCUUGGUCGUGAUCGUUUAUGCAGCUUUGAGACUGUUUAAAAUAUGCAGAGAAAGAUAUUCACAGUCUAGGAAUAGAGAAGCAGAAGAUGGUCAGUAUGUAACAAUGCACAGGAAAAGGUCAUCUCGCUCAACUGGCUGUACAGAUGCUUUGGAAUAUGAAAAUAUGACUGGACUCCAAAGUAACAGUAAGCCUCAAAUGGAGCCAGAAUAUGUGAAUGUGACAGAUACAUGACAAGUUUUUCUUAUUUCUAUUCUGUUUCUUUAAUAUUUAACAUUAAUACUGUAAUAAGUUUUUUUUUAUCAUGAUUAUUUAAUUAAAAUUUGUAUUUAAGUUAAGAAAUAAAAAAAAUACAGAGAAUUUGAUCAUAUAUAUGCUAUAUAAUGUGUGCAUACUUAUAACAUGAAGAAUUUUGAUGACUGUAUCUAUCAGAAAUGGACUUACAUCCAGGGGUCUCAUUUAUAAAACUGUGCGUAGGAUCCUUACUAAAAGUCUACGUACGCACAAAAGCCAAAAAAUAAGACUUAUAAAACAAAGCAAAGUUCCCUUUAUAAAUCACAGAUCACCUGCAAUUGUGCGUACAUGAAUCAUCCUCAGAUCCCACCCUGCAAGCCCAUUCUCCCAUCAAGUUUGUUUUUAUAGAUCACAACCUUUACGUGGUAACUGGCAUACACACGUUUCCAGACCCGUUUUGUGCGUACGCAAGCUUUAUAAAUGAGGUCCCAGGUACUGAUACGUUCAGUAUGUCUGACAUUGUCAAUGUGAGAAAGUCAUGAUCUAUGUUCUGCUCAAGUUGUACAACACAACUGAAUCAUUUAAGUCAAGAUUAACGCAUGCAUUUCAGAGUAAACGCUGUUUAUAUUCUUGGGAUGGAAAUAACACAACCCAAACUGUAACAAAGAAAGCAUUAUUUUUAUACAAUCUUGAAUUGCCCAUAACAGAAUGAAUAUUAAAUAACCCUUUGAGAGGGUUUUUAUUGCUUGUUUUAUUAUUAUGUUUUCUGUGUGAUAAAUUUAAAUGUUUCAUCUGUGAAUUUUGUACAAAUGUGAAUGGAAAGAAGCAUUGAAAUGUUAUUAAUAAUGGUGAAUUAUUGGUGAAAUAAUACCGAAAACAGCUGAAUAUAUGUACUGUACAUACAUGUAAAUGCUAAAGACAAAGUAUUUUGGCAUGUUAGCAUUUGUGUGUUACAUAUUCAUUCCUCAAGAGGGCAUCAGAGAGAUUUAUGGUGAGUGUCAGAAAGUAAUGUUUUGAUUUUUACAUGAACCUGUGUGUUUUGUUAGAAAUGAAAACAGCUGAUGUUCUCUAAGAUUUAAUUUGGCUUUAUUUUACAAAAUAAGACUUUCGUUUAUUAUGCUGUAACCCCUUACAUGCUCACAUUUUGUUUCUCUGAGUCUAACUAGUAUAUUUAUGUCAAAUAUGUGGGUCAUUCUACAGAAAAGGUGGAAUUCAGGUGAUGGAAAUUGGCUUAAAUGAACUUCUUUCAACAUACCCAAAACUUCUUUAAUAGCAUCGAUUAACUUGUCAAAUCUAUGAAUCCGCAAAACGGGGAGCUUAAUCUAUUUUUAACUUUUUAAUACAUUUUAAUAAAGAAUCCAUGAGUCAUUUAUUUGUCAUUGGUGUUACCUGUGAUUUAAACAACAUUAAUGUUGAUAGUAAAUAUUUUUUCUCAUUACAGCUUGUGUAUUUAGUUAAAGGUUGAGUAGAGGAAUGAUAACAGCAAGAAAAAU